ACCCACCCAUCCACCCAUCCACCUACCUAACCCUAACCCUUGCCACUAAACUUGCUGCUGACGUUGACUAACCCCUGCAUCUGCCACAUCUAGAUCCUUGUUUCUGCCAGCAGACUAUACCCCUCACAGCAGGCCGCGAUACUUGUUGCCGUUAGCUUGCAAAGUGGAGGUGGUCAAAUUUAGCCAGUGUUUACGGUAUUCCUAUCUAAGAAGUACAGGGGAGUCGUGCAGGGUAUAGGGAGUACCGGUAGAGACAGCGGGAAAGCGAGACAAACCCCACGCUACCUACACUAGCUUCACGGGCUCCGUUCGUGCGUCGUUCACGCCGAGUCGUGCUGCAGUCGCAGCCUGGCUGCAUGCUCCUCGCCAACCGGGCGCGGCCGAACCGGCGGUUCGUCCCAUGCAUGCCAGGUAAACUAGGUAUGCAAGGCAGAGUCGCCUUCCCCCCCUCCGCCGGUGAAGAGAUGAAGGAAGAAAAGAUGGAAGAUGGAAAUGAAAAUGAAAGCGAGCAAGCACGCGACGGGGUGCCUUCGAGAGAAGAGGGGAAAGGAAUGAAUAAAUAAGUAAAGUCAAUUGGUCGUCGUGCAGCACCCGAUGCGGGGCAACGCAGCAACGAAAGCGGCGUGCAGAGCUCUUUUCAAACUGGCGACGGACAGGAAUCAACCUUGUAAAGGCCCGAUAACCAGUGAGAACUCCCACGGGGUCUCCUCCGGUAGGGGGGGCGAGGGGGUUGAUGGAGGAGGAGGAGGAGGAGGAGGAGGAGGAGG